AUGGCUCCCAAGAUGAACGGAAUCGGCGUCCAGGUGGAGAACACUCGCAUCUGCGUCGUCAUGGUUGGCCUCCCUGCUCGGGGGAAGAGCUACAUUGCCCAGAAGGCGCAGCGCUACCUGAAGUGGCUCUCGAUCCCCGCGGCCACGUUCAACGUCGGCAACUAUCGACGCAACGACUCCCCCCACCCGUCGGCCGACUUCUUCGAUACCAAAAAUGCCGAGGGCGAGCGCAAGCGACGGGCCGCCGCCGAGGCUGCCGUAAAAGACAUGCUCAAGUGGUUCGACGGCGGCGGCGUGGUCGGCAUCCUGGAUGCCACCAACAGCACCAAGGAGCGCCGCAAGUGGGUGCUGGACUGGCUGACCAAGGAGGGCGUCGAGGUCAUCUUCGUUGAGUCUAAGUGCGACGACGAAGAGUUGAUCAUGGCCAACAUCCGGGACGUCAAGACCACGAGCCCCGACUACAAGGGCCAAGACCCGGAGGAGGCGGCUCAGGACUUCCGCAACCGCAUCCGCAACUACGAGAAGGUCUACAAGACCAUCAACGCCGACGGCGACGAGAACGACCUGACGUACCUCAAGAUCAUGAACGUCGGGAAGCAGGUCAUCAUCAACCGCAUCCGCGACUACCUGCAGAGCCGCGUUGUCUACUACCUGAUGAACCUGCACAUCCGGCCGCGGUCUGUGUGGCUGUCUCGCCACGGCGAGUCGUUGCUCAAUCUCGAAGGCCGCAUCGGCGGGGAUGCGGGACUGUCAUAUCGCGGCGACGAAUACGCGCGCAAGCUUCCCGAGCUUGUACUCGAGUCUGUCGGCAGCGACCGGCCCUUGACUGUCUGGACAUCAACGCUCAAGCGCACAAUCGCCACGGCGCGGCACCUCCCCAAGCACUACAACCAACUGCAGUGGAAGGCGCUGGACGAGCUCGACGCGGGCGUGUGCGACGGCAUGACGUACCAGGAGAUCAGCGACAUGUACCCCGAGGACUUCCAGGCGCGCGACGAGGACAAGUACAACUACCGGUACCGCGGCGGCGAGAGCUACCGCGACGUGGUCAUCCGGCUCGAGCCCAUCAUCAUGGAGCUGGAGCGCAGCGAGGACAUUCUCAUCAUCUCGCACCAGGCCGUCAUCCGCUGCAUCUACGCCUACUUCAUGCAGAAGACGCAGGAGGAGAGCCCCUGGGUGCCGGUGCCGCUGCACACGCUGAUGAAGCUGACGCCGCGCGCCUACGGCACCGAGGUGCAGACGUACAAGGCUAACAUCAAAGCCGUUAGCACCUGGCGCGGCAAGGGCAGCACCGCCAAGCACGAGGACCCCAGGCCCGACGGCGGCGUCUGA